UUGAUGUUGAUGUUUGAACUCAGGAAGAAGAUAAUAACCUUUAGAGACAUUCUUCACCUCCCACCUUGUGCUAAUGCUACUGCAAUUGCUGAGUUGGUCGUGCGAACUUUGGAGGAUCUUAAGAAGUUGUAUCCCAGUAUCCUGCCGAAUAUCGAAGAAAGCAAAGAAGUUUCAUUACAGCAGGAGAUGUCCAAUCUUUACGAGGCUCUAAAAUCUAUAGGAGACGUCUGGGACAACAAUCGUAUGUUAGUUGCUGACUCUGUGCACUGUGCAGAUGGUAGCUCAAAUGCUACAAACUCGAAGCAACUUGGUGGACGAGUGAUUGAAGAGCUUGACAAUAUGAUUAAAACUGCAAGGCAGAAUUUUGAUGUCAUGCAUGAAGAUGAGAAAAGCAAUAAAGACGUUUUAAGAGAAAUGUCUCCAGAUAUCAAAAACACCUGUUCUUCUCUAGCAUCACCCAAUUCAGUCCCUACUGGUCUGAUGAAACCCAGUGCAGUUGCUGAUGCUUCUAACCCUCUCCCCACUUUACUUCAGACAGUGGAAAAAUGCAUCUCCACGGACAUAUGUCCUGCGGUGUCAUUACAAGGCACUGUUCCUGUUAAAGAGGGGAGGAAGAAGGCGGAUGAACAAACAGAGAACUUUAGCAAAGCGAAAAGCACCACUGAAGGAUCACCAAGAAUAGCAACGAAUGAAGUCACAAGUAGUCCCAAGUCUGGAAUCAAACCUAAGAGCAAUUUGAGUGACAUGCUUAACGCAAGAAGGCCAAAAGAAGCAAGCCGGUCUUUAUCACUCCCAUCCAUUCCCACAUCUCCAGUACCCCUUGCGGCUCCACCUCCACCUCAUCCUCCAACAGUUGGGGUUUCACGGCUAAAUGGUACUGCUCCGCCUCCACCUCCUCCUCCAGGAUUGGGGGUUCGAAAAUUCCCAAGCCUGAAGAGAUCAAAUUCAAAACUGAGGAGAUCAAAUCAUAUGGGAAACUUGUAUCGAAAUCUCAAAAGAAAACUGGAAGGAUCAAAUGUUACUGAUGCAAUAUCUAAUAAGAUAAAUCGUCGGGUUGGUGGUCUUACCAGCAUAAAACAAGGAAUGGCUGCAGCCCUUGCUGAAAUGACAAAAAGAUCAGCAUAUUUUCAUCAGAUUGAAGAAGAUGUUCACAAGCACUCUGAAAUGAUCAUGAAGCUGAGAGAUGACAUAUGUUCCUUUAAGACAAAAGACAUGGCUGAGCUUCAAAAGUUCCGUAGAGAUGUAGAGAAACAUCUAGAGGAAUUGAGUGAUGAGACUCAGGUUUUGGCAAGGUUUGAAGAUUUUCCUACAAAGAAGCUGGAAUCAUUGCGGAUAGCCGCUGCAUUGCACUCAAAAUUGGAAGGAAUAGCUUUUACCCUGGAGCAUUGGAAAACUGAGCCUCCAGUUGAGAUGAUGCUCGACAAGGUGGAACGCUAUUUCAACAAGAUUAAAGUAGAUAUAGAAUUAUUGGACCGGAGCAAAGAUGAAGAUUCUAAGCAUCUUCGAAGUCAUGAUAUUGUUUUUGACUUCAACAUAUUGAUAAGAAUCAAGGAACUUAUGGUGGAUGUUUCCUCAGCCUGCAUGGAGUUGGCACUCAAGGAACGAAGAGAAGCAACUGAAGGAAAACGAAAAGCACUCACGAAACUGCUAUGGAGGGCUUUUCAGCUAGCGUUUCGAGUCUAUACCUUCGCUGGGGGACAAGAUGAGCGAGCUGACAGUUUGACCAAGGAACUAGGUCGAGUACUACAUAGUGAUGCGUGAUAGUAGUGAAGUCAUAGAAUCCUCAAACAAGUGCAGUAAUCUCUGCAUAUCUCCUAUUGGCAAACGACAGCCUAGAACCAUUGUUGUAACAUCUCCUGUAGUUUUUGAACUGAAGCGCUGGAUUCAGGUGCAAUGACAUGAUGUAUCUGGAAUCCAAA